UUCUUGAAACCAAACGACCCAAACUGCUGUAACUGUCAUUUAGAGACAACGCUCGUGGUCAGGCUAAGAUUCAAGAAAUGACCGAGUGAGACAAACAUGAGAUCUUUCAUUUCCAGAUUUUGAGGUGGGUAAUAAUGCAAUUUUGUAAUCGUGGGACCCUUCCAUGCAACGUUACCCCAAGUCCAACCACAAACGCUACCCUCCCCCACUCCUUUUUUCUUCUCCUCUCUACCCCUCCAGGCAGGCAGGUGCAGUUGCAGAACAGAGUGGAUUCCCUAUUUUCAUAAACCAAUUGCUCCUAGCCAUUUGCACUUGGAAGUUUUCGUGAGAACUGUGUCUUUUCAAUGCCGGGAUCAAUUCAAAUUUCAGUUCUGGAUAUUGUUAAUCUUCCCUCUACAUCACCUCCUUCUUCCAUGUCCAUCCAAGUAACAAUGGGGAAAAGGGAGUAUCAGAUUGGAGAUGAUGGUGAUUUCUCAAUUCCAUUAACUACCCUCCGUGAGAAUUUGGUUGUGAAACUACUGGACCCAGAUGGAAACGAGAUGUCUCGAACAGGUGUUGAGACCAAAUUGGUUGUUGAGAAAGGCCUUUGGGAUGAUUUCUUCCCUUUUGAAGGGGGUGGGGAAGUGCAUUUGAAGAUCCAGUUCACCCUCAGCGAGGAAGAGCAGAAUCGAAUACGAAUGAUGAGACUAUCUGCACUAAAGAAGAAGCAUGGUGAACUUCUCAACCCCACUUCUAAAGUUACCGAGAGUGCUUCAGCUGUUUGGAGAAAAGUUGCCACUGAAGGGAAUGUAGAAACUUCAGGAUCACUUGGACACCCUCAAGUUGGAUCUGAGAAGAUCAAAGCAGAAAUGGCACAAGGCGCUUCAGUAGUAGAUUCUUUUGAAGUAGCCAAUGCCAAAUCUGGAAUUUGUAAACUGACUCAGCCUAGUGAGAAGCAAAUAAUCCCAGUUAAGGAUCAUAUGCCGGAUGGAAGUGAAGAUACUUCACCAAGUACUCCAUUUCAGAGGAUUGAUUCAGGCCUGACCAGAGUUAGUUCGAAGAAAAUGUUCAAAAAUAUUGAGAACCAGUCACCAAAUAAUGCUGUUCUUGCAGCAGCUUCUCAAGGAAAAAAAGAUUCUUUGUUUCCUCACUUGACGUCAACCUCCUCCACUGUGAAAACUUCUUCGGUCUUUCCUGCACUUGAGGAAGGCGUCACUCGCAAUAUGGAGGCACAAGAUCCUCUCGAGAGUACUCCAAGCAAUGUAAGGAAAGUGAUAAGUGUGUUUGAAAGUAGUCUAGUUCAGGAUAUGCAACCUCAUACAAAAGCACCACCAGCUAAAACAGAACCAAGCAUGUCCAGAACAGAAGAUAUUGCUAACCAUCAAUUUAAAAAAAUUAAGAUAGAGAUUAGCAAAGGAGCUGAGCUGAUUCCACGGAAGGUCCAAAGUCCUUUUCUUAAGGAAGAGUCGCAACGAGCACAAAGUGCAACAGGAAUUGUUCCAACUAGAACACUGCACAGUAUUAAAUCUUCUCGUGACACUGGGCAGUCAUAUUUAACAGCAUCGGAGAGUCAACAAGAUAGUUUACAUGAUUGGGCUUCUGAGCAACAUGAUUCUAGUGGCAAUGUGGUUGAAAGGAGUGGAAAAGCAAUAGGUUCUAUAGAAUCACAAAAAAUCAAAUUUCAAAGAGCUUCGAAUGAUAAAGUGAAGUCAAUGAGUUGCUACCAAGGGGAACAUGAUGUAUUUGAGAGGUCAGGUGUGUGGAUAUUCCCUGACGAAUCCAGAAACCUUUGUAUUACUACGGGAGGGAAACAGGCGAUGCAUCUGAUGGGAUGCUGCAGUAUUGAAACGAGUAAAUGGAAGGGGAAGAUUAAAAUUUCGAUGCCUGAGAAUGCUCGAGAGCAUAUGAAGGUGAAAAGAAAUGGAAACGAGAUGAAGAAAGACCAGAGGACUUCUUACACAAAGACUAGACCAAAAACUGACAGUUCAACAGACGCCAAUCCUUCUGGAGGACCGAUUGGACAGGUGAUGAAAGUUGCAAUUAUGGUAGGAUUUGGGGCUCUUGUUCUGCUCACCAGGCAAAGAAAAGACAGAUAACAUUGCAUGGUGGCGAAGAAGCUAAUGGGGAAAAUAUCACAUGAUCGAGCUAGAACAGUGUCUGGUUAUGGAUUCAUAUCUGCUUGUUCAUAUUCUAUAGUAUCUGCCAAAGUUAUCAGAACCGUCUUUCUUCUCGCCUGAUUUUACGAGUGAAAGAUCUUUGUGUAAGCAUCAUAGAGUUGCAACUGUACAUUCAUUCUUGAAGCAACUCGACGAUCUUGAAAGUAGAUCAUCUCCUUCUCGAGCCCGUUCUUUCUU